UGGCCGCGGGGCUCGCUCCCUCCCUCCACAAUCCUUAACCUCCCCAUCGUUCCAUCGAUUGGUGGUUGCGUCGUUUCUUCGAGUUCGUGGAGGUUGGAGUCGGAGUGUGAGUGGGCCGCGUGCGUGCGAGAGGAUCUGAGCGGAGACGAGAGGGCAUGGAGGAGAGCGAAUAGCGGUUGCCGAGUCAGAGGCGUUGUUGUGGUUUCUGAUCGUACUCGCGUGCGUUUGCCGGGCCUCGAUUUCGAGCAGGCAACAGCUUUUUACCGGAGAUUCUUGGGUGUGUGUGUGUGUUUUGGGCCUACCCGAGGCGGGUUUUGUGUGCUGGUGUUCAGUUUUGUUGCCGGAUUUUGAAUUGGAGGAGGAGCGGAGAUUUUUUUUUUUUGCCUGUGUUUUCGGGGGUAAUGGUUUUGGAUUCCCUGUUUUGCCCGCCACAUGAAGACUUGAGAUUCAUAUAGGUUGUUGGUCUCGCGCUUCGGAUUACUGAAUUUUUGCUCCAUUUUUUCGUUGUGCUACUCGUCAAUCAAACCAGUGAAGUUUGAACUCUGAAAGAAGAAACUUUCCUAAUUGGACCCGGUAUUUCGUGGUUGGCGUCUAAUCUAAACAAGUAAUUUUCCUGCUUAUUAAUUACUCUGCCCAAAAGCUUUCCGUUGGAUCUACUUGUGAAUCGUUUUUUUAAAAAAAAAAUAAAAUCUGAGAGAUAUCCUUGUUGCUUUAGGUUUUCGACGACUCGGCAGAUCCAGGGGGGGAACGCCGACGAAUUUUGCCUGAUUUCUCCGCGGUUUUUGGUCCGAUCCAGAGGCUCCCAGUCUCAGGCUUUUUUUCUCGCGAAGAAGCAAGGUUUUCCCUUCUUUUUUUUCCCCCGCCAUGUCCAUGGCGUUGAGCCGCUUCACGCAAUGGCUGUGGCCGGGGGGCGCGGCGGCGCGGGUGGCGGCCACCCACGAGCACCCCAGCGCGGGGCUGACGAGCUCCUCCUUCCCGGACUUCCCAUCCGGGUUCCGGGAGCCCGACACCGUCACGUUCUACACCGGCGGGGGCGCCGGCGGCCGCCGCGCGCGCCCGAGGAGGGUCAGCAACCGCCGCCGCAGCCGCGGGGAGGCCCGUGUCGACCGGGAGUACGACAUGGUCAUCGUCCCGUCCGACGGCGGCGGGUGCUUGUCCGGCUCCGACUCGGAUGAUUCCGAUUGGUCCAUCGGCUGGCUCGAGCCACAGGCGCCGGAGCUGCAGACGGACGGCGACCCUGAGAACUGCUUCGCCGUCCUCGUGCCCUGCUACCGCCAUGGACGCCAAGAGCAGCAGCCCCGGAGGCACGAGGGCAGGUUUCUUGGCGCCGGCGCCCUCACCGAUGGUGGCCUCUCUGAUGGAAAGAAUUUUGUAGAGCAGUGGCUUUCUUCUCUCCAGAACUAAUAUUGCCAGUCCUGUCCUAGCUACGCUGUAAAUAGUAGUAUUACUCUGUUUUGUUCUACUACGUUUGUCCUAGUCGCAGAAUGUAUCGAUGAAGGAAGACAUGAAAAAGCCCUAAAAAAAAGAAGGAAAUCUAAAAAUAAAAAAUGAGGAGCAGUGGGAUUCUGAAGCAGCACCAAAUGGGUAUGUCCUUCCUGAGGUUCCCAAGCUAUUCUACUCUUGCAAAGCAAGGCGAAAGCUGAACUACACAAACUGCGCGUCAUCGAAAAUGAUUUUGCCGUCCUGAUAUGUGCUGAGUGCUAACUUAUGAUGAUUGAUAACACGUAGAGAUGAACUGCUAUUCCAUUGUUAAUUUGUCCCACUUGCUUGCGGACCUCGAAUUCUACUGCCUGUACAUAGUGUUCUUGUAGUGUAUAUAGUUUUGCGCAGAGCUGCAGUUGCGCGAUUUUUCAGAGUGUGGUGUGUGUGUGUCCUAUUCUUACAUGGGAAUUGAAUUCUGAUGAAUGAAUCUAUCUGCUGUAUAUAAAUUAUGACAAUGUGUUCAAUUC